AUGAGUUUUGAUGGUUUUGAAGAAAUUGCAAGCACGUUGAUUCAAGCCAAUCACGUGAAACAAGCUUUGCAAGCUGUAAACAAACAGCAAAAGAUGUACAAAACACUCCUCUCACAAAGACAAUUACCAAAGGAGGGAUUUUCGGAUCAACAGAUUGAGUCCUUGCUUUCCUUCUUUGCAUCAAUGGAUACGAAUAAUUAUGAAAAUCAUAUCGGAAUUGGAGAAAGAGAAGGAAGAGUGUUUAGUAAAUUGGUGGAAAAGAGACACUUCUACCUCAGUCAUGGUAUUGGAAGAUCUGGAGAAUUAACAUCAAAUCAACCAAAAGCAGCUGGAUCCUCUAUUAUUUUACAGUUGUGUAACUAUCUUGUCAAUCAUGCAAUUCAAUUAGCAGGAUGUAAAAAUGUAAAGAAAUCAAUUGUUGUGCCAAUGUGUACAGGAAUGACACUUGCCUUGUGUCUGAGAUCCUUGGCCAACAGUUUGGAACAGCCCAAUAAGAAGUAUGUCAUUUGGCCAAGAAUAGAUCAACAAUCUGUCCUCAAAUCUAUUGACACUGCUGGAUUUACACCAAUAGUCAUUGAGAAUGUUUUAAAUGAGGAUGGAUCUAUUGAGGCAAAUCUACAAUCUAUUGAAAGCAAGAUACAACAAGUUGGAGCUGAAAAUAUUUUGUGUGUCUUGUCGACAACAAGUUGUUUUGCACCUCGAGUUCCAGAUGAUGUUUUUGAAAUUGGAAAGAUUUGUUUCAAGUAUGGAAUUGGACAAGUUGUAAAUAAUGCCUAUGGAGUUCAAUCAAAAAUAAUUAUGGAGAGAAUUAACAAGACAAUUGCCAGUUCAAAAUCAACCAUUACUUGUUUCGUUCAGAGUACUGAUAAGAACUUUAUGGUACCUGUCGGAGGAGCUGUUGUUUCCAGUGGUAGUGAUAUCACCUUUAUUGAUAAGGUGUCGAAAAUAUAUGCAGGAAGAGCAUCCAUGACACCAAUUCUUGACCUAUUCAUCACUCUUCUAUCAAUGGGUAAAGAUGGAUGGGAGAAGCUUCUCGCAGAACGAGAGGUGCUAUUUCAACAUUUUGUUUCUGAGAUUGAAUCCAAAUUAACCAAUACCCAAUCUAAAUUUUCCUUAAUACGAGGCUCUUUACAGAGAAACCAAAUUUCAUUUGCUCUUUCCAUUGAUUUACCAAAGGAGGAGGCACUAAAGGUGGGCGUAUCGCUUUUUUACAGAAAUUGUACUGGUCCUCGGGUAGUUCUGAAAGGUAGCUCAAAAACAGUACUCCCCCAUCUUUCAUUUGUUGGAUAUGGUUCUCAUACUGAUUCCUAUCCUCAUCAUUACAUUACGCUUGCUUGCGCUAUUGGUAUUGAAAAGGAGGAAAUUGAAUCCUUCUUAACCUUGCUUAAUAAAGUUUAA